GGGCCGGCGAAGCCGCCGCCACUUCCUGGAGCCGCGGGCCGGGCUGCUGGCCGCAGUGUACGUCGGCGCCGGGAGCUCGCGGCCGCCACCAUGUCCCACCAGACCGGCAUCCAGGCAAGUGAAGAUGUUAAAGAUGUCUUUGCCAAAGCAAGAAAUGGGAAAUACAGACUUCUGAAAAUAUCUAUUGAAAAUGAGAAACUUGUGAUUGGAUCAUGUAAUCAGCCUUCAGAUUCCUGGGAUAAGGAUUAUGAUUCCUUUAUUUUACCCCUGUUGGAAGACAAACAACCAUGCUAUAUAUUAUUCAGGUUAGAUUCUCAGAAUGCCCAGGGGUAUGAAUGGAUAUUCAUUGCAUGGUCUCCAGAUUAUUCUCCUGUUCGUCAAAAGAUGUUGUAUGCUGCAACAAGAGCAACUCUGAAAAAGGAGUUUGGAGGUGGCCACAUUAAAGAUGAAGUAUUUGGUACAGUAAAGGAAGAUGUAUCAUUACACGGCUAUAAGAGAUACUUGCUCUCUCAGUCCUCCCCUGCCCCGCUGACUGCAGCUGAGGAAGAGUUACGGCAGAUUAAAAUUAAUGAGAACCCAGAGGAUCGUAUUGGGGUACAAACUGAUGUGAGUGUGGACACCAAGCAUCAGACACUACAAGGUGUCGCAUUUCCUAUAUCGAGAGAAGCUUUUCAGGCUUUGGAGAAAUUGAAUAAUAGACAGCUCAACUAUGUUCAAUUGGAAAUAGAUAUUAAAAAUGAAACCAUAAUUUUGGCCAACACAAUAAAUACAGAAUUAAAAGACUUGCCAAAGAGAAUUCCCAAGGAUUCAGCACGUUACCAUUUCUUUUUGUAUAAACAUUCCCAUGAAGGAGACUAUUUGGAAUCCAUAGUGUUUAUUUAUUCAAUGCCUGGAUACACAUGUAGUAUAAGAGAACGGAUGCUGUACUCUAGCUGCAAGAGCCCUCUGCUUGAAAUUGUAGAAAGACAACUACAAAUGGAUGUGAUUAGGAAGAUAGAGAUUGACAACGGAGAUGAGCUGACAGCAGACUUCCUCUAUGAGGAAGUGCACCCCAAGCAGCACGCGCAUAAGCAGAGUUUCGCAAAACCGAAAGGUCCUGCAGGCAAAAGAGGAAUCCGAAGACUAAUUAGGGGUCCGGCUGAAACUGAAGCCACUACUGAUUAAAAUCACUGUAUUAGGGAUCAUGAUACUAGUUUUUUAAAAGUUCAGCUUUUAGUACAGGAGAACUGAAAUCAUUCCACGUUGAUAACUAGUAAGGGGAAAAUUAUACUUUUAAAAAAUAGCACUUUUCACUUCUGUGUGUUUUUUAAGAUAAUGUAAUAGAAGACUCCUGAUUUCUAUUUUUAAGUUUAAACUAAAAACAGGUUCCACAAAUGUUUAAUUUCAUCACACUGUUUUCAUGAAGUGGUGAUUCCAUGCUUUCACAUAAUUCUUAAAUUUUAUAGUUGGCCAAUACCAGAAAGUCUAAUAUCUUUAAGAUACACUUCUUACUAAUCUUUAGUAAAGACAGUGAACUUUUUCUCUAAGGGAGAGAUAACAACCUUAGAUUAUUAAUACUACUAUAAAUACGUUAAAGGGCAGAAGAUUAUUUUGUAAUUGAAAACACUGCACCAGGAGAAUAGUGGAAAGGUGGUUUACUCUGUGGAGCAGGGCUCUCCGGAUGGGGGAUCUGGCCUGCGACUCAGAAACAUGCUUUAUUGCAGACGUCUGUUCUCACCUUUGACUUUGGUUUUAUAAACAGCAUUAAAAUUUUUGAAGAUAAGCUCACUCCUUAAGGAUACCACAUAUCACAUUUUCAAUACUGUGUGGUUGCUGAUGAUACUGAAGGACACAUGUAAAGAGCUUUAGUGAAUUCUUUUUAGUACUUUAAAGAACUCCAUGUCAAGUAUAUGAUAUAACUGGAGUGUGAAGUCAAGUACGUUCAGAUCGACUAUUAAAUUAGUACCCGAAGGUAGACAAAACUAAAAUCAGUUUUGAAGAGGUUUUGAAUAUCAGGAUAUCUUUCCCAACCAUGUGCUCACAGACAAAUUGUUUUCAUUAUAACUUUAGAGUAAAUGUUCAGGUUUCUUAAUUGUUUUAAAAUAAUCUUGGUACUUAUCACCUUAACAUAAACACUUCAGAAUCUUGUUUCAAUAUAUAUCUUAUUUCAAACUACACUUAACUAUUUUCUAAAGCUUUGCAUUUUCAUUAAAGCCUCCAGAGGCUUAACUGAACUUAAAAUGAGAUUUUGAGCCUCGUUUUCUUUGAUACUUGAAAUAGAGGGAGCUAGAAUACUUCAUAUUUAAUCUGUUAACCUGCUGCAAGAGCCAUAACUGGGUUUUCUAAAUGACUGUGGGUUUCCAGGAUUUAGAAUUUCUUGUUCUAAACUUUAUGCUGCAUAAAACAAACAUUAGAAAUGCACAUUUCAUAGUAUAAAAUAUGAAGCACUUGUUUUUAUACCUUAUUAUCUAAGGAAAUAUAUGCACCUUCAGAAUUCCAGAGUGUGUUCAAGUAAAGCAUAUUAGAAUAAUGGGUGGACAGACUUUUUCCCCCCCUAGAAUUAAGAGUAUUUGUGUGGUUUCCUUUGUUUACAGAUAAUCCGACUAUAAUAUUUAAACAUGCAAAAUAGCUGACAGUAAAGUUAAACUUGUUUACUACAGAUAUUCUUUUAAGUUGUUUCAUGGGUGCACACAUAAACACUUAAACACAAAUUACUGCAUUGAGAAUCCUGGAACUGUGCUGUAGAUCAGAGCUGAAAACUGAUUUUUCAGUCAAGACAAAUGUUAACUUGUCAUGAAGGUAAUACAGUAAUAGUGAAUGUUUUUCUUUACCAUCCAUGUGCAAUUAUGCUCUAAAUUCAACUACACUACAUGAAAGUAAAUGGACAUUCCAGAAAUAGAUGUGAUUGUAUAGUCUUUAAUUAUUAUUAAACCAAUGAUUGCUGAAAAUCAGUGACACAUUUGUUAUAGAGUGUAACUCAUCGUUUACAGUAUGUUUUAGAUGACAUCAUCAUAACGAUAGGUGAAUAAGGUAUUACAAAUAAAUUUAUAUAGCAGUGAAGAAUUCCAUGCCUUCUGUGGACGUUUUAUAAGUGCAUUUUAUAUCACAAUAAAAAUUUUUUCUCUUUAAA